CUCUCUCUAACGGUUAGUGCCCUAUAGUCAUACUAUAGAUCUAUGAUUUAUUUUCUACUACAUAGCCAGCUUGGCACACCUAUGCUUUGAUGGAUGAUUACACUAGUUUGACAUUCCUUCUGUUUGUGGGGACAUUCACCAUAGCUGUAAAAGCCCAGCAGUUUACAAUUGAGCCUGAGUCAGUGGUAGUGGUACAUGCCGAGGGAUUAUUGGCAGAGUUUGAGUGCCUGUCUCCUGGAGCACUAGGUCAUCUUUGGUUUGUGAAUGGCAUAGGGUCUACAAGCCUUACAUCUGAAAUCAGAGUAGUUGAAGGAAGUGAAGGUCGUCCCUCUGUACUGAUCGUCCCAGCCAGUUCACAGUUCAACAACAGUGUCGUUCAGUGUGCAGCAGUUUCACUGAGUGGUGUAGUGUUCUCAAGAAAUGCAACAUUGAUAGUUGAGCCUGUAAUUCUUGAGGUGUUGAAUGGUGAAACCAAAAUUACCGUCUCCGUAAUGAAUAAUUUCACUAUAAAUAACCUCGCCUACCGUGUGGACAUCUCCCUGGUGCCUCUUGUCACCAAUGAGAUGGUUGCACUUUCUCCUCUGAAUGGGAUUCAAAAUCAAGUGCAGUUUAAUUAUAAACAACUUAAGAACCACACUGUCUGUGAUAUAUUCUCCUUCACUGUAACUCCAAUUACUAGUGAGUCAGGAAUGGAAGGAAGGUCCAGUGAACCAGUCACUGGGUUCUUUACACGAGUAACAGACAAUAACAAUGUCGCUCCCCGUAUUAGUCAGGGAAGAAAUGUGUUGAGGAAAAUAGUACAUCUCGGUGGUAUGGUACCCAACUGUACCAGCUUCACCUCCUACCAAGUGAACUCUGACAUAUCAGAACCCAUCCAUAAAACCAUCGAAGACCCUCAAAUGAUAAGUGUCUCGCUUCCCACUGACCGGAUAAUCAACAUAUCUGUGACAUUUACUUCAAUCAUGGGUGUGCGCCUCAUAUUCAAGGACAUGCUAAUCAGAACAACUGAUGUUCAAGAUUUGAGUGUGGACGUUUGCCCUGAAGGAAACUGUGCGAGCAUUGAGUAUGUUGAAGGUACCAUCUCUCCCGGAGCUCUUGUCUGUGUGAUAGGUGUAUUGCCUGACAACUCAUUGGGCUUAGAAAGCAUAAGGCUGCUGCCAAUUCGAUGGAAUAUAAGUGACCAUUUUACUAUCCCGGUGGCUGUUAGUGGAAAUUACAGUGUGGUUGCAUUUGACCUUGAGAACAACAAUAUGAGUGUACCAAGAAUUCCCAUGUCUGUGGCGGCUGACGAUGAAACUAUGUUUUUGAGUAAUGAAUCUUCCAGUGAACCAAAUUCUCCACCUAAUUCUGAGGGCAUCACUGUCACUAAACUAUCAAAUGGAAGUGCUGAAGUGACCUGCACUACCACUGGCCAGAGUUGUCUAGCGUUGUUUCAAUCUAAAACCUCUCCAACCUCUCUUGAUCCGAUGGUGAUGAUUGGUUUUAUUGAACCACCUAAUGACAGAACCACUGUCACUCUUAAUGCCACUUCCGAUGUUUAUGUGGUAGUGUACACUUGGAACAGUGAUUCUGGUGAGACCAUCUUUGAUGGGAAGGUAUCCUUCAUUAGUCAAGUGGAGCUACCAACUAGUAAGCCCAGAGUUAGUUUCAGUUCAGAAUUGUAUGCACUCUAGCUGUUCCUACACAAUCACCUCCUGAUACUACUGGAUCUCCAGUUCCAUCGCCCAUGAUAGUACUAAUAGCAGGUAUCAUAACCGUGGUCGUGGUACUGCUUCUCCUGAUAGUCACCGUAGCUAUUGUUGUAGCCGUGGUUAUUGUGAAGAGACAAAGAGUUGAGAUUCCGGAGUCAGAUGGAAUAGUGGAUUGGUCAUCAACAUUUGCAGGAAUUGAGCAGCCCAACAAAGCUUAUGCUCCAGUACUGACGAGGAACAUUGCUUAUGAGCAGACAAAGAAACCACGGGGACAAAGGAUCGAUGACUCACAAGCCCCGGCAGCAACAGAGGGAGAGUAUGAAAGUAUUGAGCCAGUUCAUGAGUACGAGGAUGUGUUGCCUCAGGGAAAAACAAGUCGUGCAAAUUAUGUUAACGUUAACUGACAAAUUUCCACAUUAAUUUUUAUCCCACACAUUAAUUUGUAUACUGUAUAGCGGGAAAUUUUCACCGGUGCACAUUUUCACUAUUUGCAUGGCUACAGAGCUCUCAGCAAAAA